AUGUCUGACUGGGAGAACGUCACCAAGAUCGGCAGCCGUGUCCGCGGCGGCCCCGCUGCCCCUCGCGAGACUGUCGUCCGUGGCAAGAGCGCACUCAACGCUGCUCAGAGGAGCGGUGGCGUCGUCGCUACGGAGAAGAAGUUUGCGUCUGCCAAUACCCGCUCCGCCGUCGAGGGCCAGCACCUCACCAAGGUCGACCGCUCGGAUGACAUUGUGAAGCCCAAGACCGUGGGCACCAAGGUCGGGGAUGCCAUCAAGAAGGCGCGCGCAGAGGCAAAGAACGACAAGGGCGGCACCAUGACCCAGAAGGACCUGGCCACAAAGUGCAACUCGACCCCCACCAUCAUCGCCGACUUCGAGCGCGGCACCGCUGCGCCCGACCAGAAGCUGCUCGGCAACAUGGAACGCACGCUCAACGUCAUUCUGCGGGGCGACAAGAUCGGCGAGCCCAAGUUCCCCAACAAGAAGAAAUAA